AUGGCUGCGAGACCACAAAACGAGGGCCAUCCCAAGCCAGAUGCUGGCGACACCCUUCUUGUCAUUCAUGACUUCCUUGCGAGAAGCUCUGACGAGCUAAGUCUUGUCAAAGGUGACCGUGUCGAGCUGAUCGAAAGAGACGAUGAAUUUGGUGACGGCUGGUUUCUGGGCAAACACCUUGCGAACGGCAACAGCGGGCUCUUUCCCGAAGUGUACACACGACCUGCACCGAAAAUCCAACAUGCGAAUGCCCCUUUGAACCAUGUACCCAGCGCCAAAGCGAUCGAAUCGCCAGCUGAGCCAUCGCAAAAUAUAGGGAGUUCUAACACAGUUGACCCUGCCCAAAGCGUGUCCGUUCCGGCCACACCACCUGUUGCGUCUCCUUCGAGUACAGAUGCUGCAACUCCCGUAACGCUUCCCCUGAAUGCAGCCAAGAAAGACGACGUCCCAAGCCAGCCUCAGCCAUCAAUCUCCGGACCCAGUUUUGGCUCGCUCAGCAGUCUCGAGGCCGGCCCGGACAGCCACGUUCUCCACGAGACAUUGAAUGUCAUUGACGAACACAUAACCGAUCUACGAUCUCCGCCAAGCUCAAGUGGUCUUCGUGCCGCCACCAACGAUUCGGGCAGCGAAUACAGCACCCAACUCGAUCAUCGGCUCUCCUACAUCCAGGGUGAAGAGACAGAUGAAGAAGAAGAGGGGGCUCACUCAAGGCUCGAAGUGGAGGCAUGGUCGCCUGACCAAGUCGCGGAGCAUCUUUUCACGGCAGGUGUCGAAAAGCAUCACUGUGAAGUGUUUCGCGAUCAGGAGAUUACUGGCGACGUUCUUUUGGGCAUGGACCAGAGUUCUCUUUUCAUCAAAGCAUUCGACCUGGGGUCUGUGGGACGGCGGCUUAAGACAUGGCAGAAGAUCAAAGCACUGCAGGACGAAUGUAAUGGGCAGGGCAUUGCCACUAAAAGGACGACGCAGACGUACGGCAGCGAUGCUGGCUCGGAUGGUAGACGGACCCGAAGUAGGACAAGCACCAUGACCAACUCCAUGCACAGAUUACCACCGGGCGACGACAGGACCAUGUCGAUACAAACGAGACGCCUAUCCAUCACACAAACACCACGGAUGGAAGCAGCAGGGCUCGUUUCGCCCAUCUCCUCGACGAAGCAACCCUCAUUUGACAGGAACUGGUCACUCGGGAAUGCCUUUUCAUCGCCACGCCCUCUCUCUUCUGCCGGAUUACAGGACGCAAUGCAUCAGUCUGGACUUAGUGUGCAGGAAACGGCACCUGACCUGGAUCGCGGAUAUUUCAGUGGGAAUGAAGUGGAUGGCCGGCGGCGUAAUGUGCUGAGGAAACGCGACAGCGGUGCUCAUUCGAAGAAGAACAGCUACGCUGACGAGCAACGUGUGCGAAGUGCAACAGCGAUAUCAAGACACUCGCGGUAUGGGAGCAUUGAUGCUCCUCGCGAAGGUGCACCAUCUGCAGCUGCACAAAAGUACUACGGUCUCCAAUCAGGCCCUCAUAAACGUGCCACGUCUACCAGCACUACUCGAUCUAUCCCACGCGUACCAUCGAUCCGGGAAGUACCGUCACCCGUUGUCACCAAGCUUGAUAGCGCGUCCAGAGACUUGCCUCUCGUUUCGGGGUCGCCUGCCAAUAGGCAAAACGUAAACUCUGACUGGUUGGCGUCGCUUGUCAAUAAGCCCACAGUCAAGAUUGGCGGCUUGAGAGCGACUUCGGACAUCUCAUCUGGAGAGCGCGUACGAAUCACGUCACCCGUCGAUACGACUGUCAAGGAUUCGCCUCUGCCUUCUCCUGCACCAACGGGGUCCAGCACGCCGUCCGCAGGGCCGAGCUUCGACCUGGAAUCGCCUGGAAAUGGGAAAAUGAGCCCUAGCACCACGACAACAGCCGCUAGUAAAAACAGCCGCAGGAAGGGAAAGAAGGAAACAAGCGCCUAUCAACGAGGACUGCAGAAGAUUGGACCGAAAGAGGCCAUGAAAGACGCAGAUUACAGCGGGUGGAUGAAAAAGAAGAGCUCGAAUCUGAUGACGACCUGGAAGCCUCGACUUUUUGUCCUGAAAGGAAGACGUCUGGCCUACUUCUAUUCAGAAAAUGACCAGCAAGAGAAGGGCUUGAUCGAUAUCUCUUUCCACCGUGUGCUGCCAGCAGACAAUGAGAAGCUGACAGGUCUUCACGCGACCCUGACUGGGGCGGGAUCUGCCGCAGCACCUGCCGCCAGCACUCUCGCGCAACCAGAGGUCGCCCUGGACAAGGGAGACGACUCGAUGUUUAUUUUCAAGCUCGUACCCCCGCGCACAGGACUGACCCGCGCGGUCAAUUUCACCAAGCCCACAGUCCACUAUUUUGCAGUCCCUAAUCUGCAGCAGGGACGACUAUGGAUGGCAGCUCUCGUCAAGGCUACCAUCGACCGGGACGAUACUCAACCUAUAACCACGACAUACCAGCAGAAGACCAUAUCACUUGCGAAAGCAAGGGCCAUGCGUCACCGACCACCUGCACUAAUGAACCUGGACGAGACACCCGAGGAGGACAAGAAGAACGUGGGAGUCUCCAACAAGGACGCAAAUCUCCUCGGUAUUCAUUUCGGCGAGACGGACAGUGGUGUGUCCGGCUUGGAGAAGCCGGGCCCACAAAAGGUAGAAAGCGCCAACGCGCAGAAGCUCUUCUUUGAUGCUGAAAGCAGUGCCACUCCUCCGCCUCAGAGCGCAUAGAGGCGCCUACGGGGUUUACGGCCACUGCGAAAGAAUGCUGGCGAGACCCCGGCAGCGUGAUUGGAGCCUGGCUUGGUCAACUUCGUCAGUGCGUCAUCGUUGAUAUUUCGAUUUCUGGAGACACAAUUAAUGAAGAGGUGGUUCGAGCGCGAAACGCAUUUAACACUGCAGCUGAUAGUUUGAGUGUUAUCAUCAUUGGGAAGAGAUACUCGUCAUCGAUCCAGACAUUCGCCGAAUCAAGGCCACCCAUCCCAGUCUGGCCCCUUGUCGGGUUCAGGAGCCCUGGGGCGUUGGCCUUAAGAUCUGGUCUGCGAUGGUGUCGAUGAUGCCCCUGUAGCAGGGGGUAACGGGGCAGGGAGCUCUGAGACGCGAUACGCCACCGACCAGCGUGUACAUGGUUUGCUUGUUCAUGAGUACAAUGACGGCUGGUUCUAGCUAGACAUAUCUACUAUCCUGGUAGAUCACCUAUAUGAUGCGGACAAUUUCAGUUCGAAAUGUUCUUUA